AUGUUGUAUGAAAUUAUUUCUGGGCUUAUUAAUAUACAUAAACAAAAUCUUAUUCAUUGUGAUCUUCAUGAUGGAAAUAUUUUAAAUCAUAAUGAGAGUAAAAUUUAUAUUAGUGAUUUAGGAUUAUGCAAACCUAUAAAAUCAUUUUUGAAAAAGUAUAGUAUUUAUGGUGUUGUACCAUUUAUGGCACCUGAAAUUUUAAGAGGCAAACCUUAUACCCCAGCUAGUGAUAUAUACAGUUUUUCUAUGAUUAUGUGGGAAUUUACAUCUGGGAUACCACCAUUUAAUAAUAGAGCACAUGGUAUUCAACUUAGUUUAGAUAUUUGUGAAGGUGAACGUCCUGAAAUUAUUGAAAAUACUCCACAAUGUUAUGUAGAUUUGAUGAAAAGAUGUUGGGAUGAAAAUCCAUUAAAAAGGCCAUCUUCUGAAAUAGUUUUAAAUAUUAUUAAAGAAUGGAUAUUUCUUCCUUAUGACAGGAAAAUUGAAGAUAUUAAUGAAGAAUUAAAAUGCAAUAUUAUGGAAUUCAUAAAUGCACCAAUAGGGCAUAACAAUCUUACUACUGAAUCUCAUCCACAGGCUUGUUAUACAGGUCGCUUACUUGAUUUUACUAGUAAAAAAUUGAAUGAAAUUCUUGAAAGUAAAAACUCACAAGCUAGUAUAAAAUUGAAUGAAAUGUCAUUAAGUGAAGAUUUGAAUGAGUAUAAAAUUGAAGAUUUGAAGUAAUUAGAUAUUAAAACAGAUGAAAAU